GCGCAUUUGUCGGUAUUUAUCCUAGCGAGUAGUCAGUAGGCUGUCGGAAGCGUGCCUCGCGUUGACUGUCGAGCAUCUACAGAUGCUCACGGCAUGAGCAGCUACUUGGGUGAUCUCAAUCCCAGUACCGCGCUGGCAUCUCUCGCUCGCAACGUGCAAGACCUCUUGCCAGCAGCCCAGCAACAGUGGUCAAGAUCGACUGUCGGCGCAUACCUCGACAAUCUAGCAGGUCUAGAAGGGGAUCGUCAGUCUUUAUAUUACUGGCUCGGAGGUUCGGUAGCACUCGCCUUACCGACUCUGCUCGCGCUUUCAGGGCGCACCUCGCAGGCUAGCAAGCAGACCCUCAGCAAAUCUGCAAAGAAGCGUAAAGCCAAACGGAAGCAAGCCACUACGAGCGGCAAUUCGACUGACGAGCAGACUGCUGGCAAGAUGGAUGUGCAGACGCCGCCCAGCGUCAUCCUUCACUGGGGUCGCGAGAGGUACACGAUCGAGCUUCCGCCAGCGCAUGCACCCCUUUCAGUCUUGCGUUCAUUGAUCCAGCAAAAGACAUCGGUCGCGCCUGAGCAUCAGAAGCUGAUCAUCUCUGGCUUCGUAGCCAAAGAUGAUGCCGCGACGAUGGCCCAGCUCGGCUUGGUCGAUGGACCGUCUAGCAAAGCACAAGUAGAGGAGCCCAAUUUUUCGAGCCUCAUGAAGGGAUGGGGCGCAGCCAUAGGUUUGUAUAACGACGGCAAGAAGAAAAAGGAAAAGAGGAUAACGCUCAUCGCUGCGGCCGAAGCAAGCGGCAGGGUCAGCGACCGUCCUGAGGGAGUAGCAGGCCAGGGGUCAGUAGCUACAUCGGGCCGAAAAAGUGCGGCAAGGGAUGAACCGACGCUAGUACAAUCGAUCAAAGCGAUCUCUGAUGACGCUACCCAACGGCUCGAGACUCAGAUUGUCGAGCUCGAAGGCUCUGCCUCUGGCCAUCCCGUCGCGAUUUCUGCAGACCGCUUAGCGAGUCCGGCCCAUGAGGACUCACGACCCGGCACACCCAGUCAGACAGUGCCAUUGCAUGUACGACUAUCGGAAGCGCUGCUCCAGAUAUUGCUCAAGCUAGAUUCAGUCGACGUGCCCCCGGAAUGGCAGGAGGCGAGAUUGGCACGCAAGAAUGCAGUCAGAGAAGUGCAAAGCAAGCUCGACCGAGUCGACCGCGCCAAGGAGAUGCUCGCAAAGCAUUCGAGCACAGGCUAGAUAUAGUGUUGUACACAUAGUGGAUUACUU